AUGUCGAAGACGGUUUGGGUUAAUGACCAAACCCAUUCGGCCCAGCCUGUGAUGUCCCAGACUCGCCAACAUGGGAUACACGAGCCGACGGGGUCAGGGAAUCUCCAAAACUUCCACCAACGCAGCUCUCCCCAUCCUCUAAAGGCAAUGCGAACUCAUGACAGGGCUCGGAAACCUCCAAGGGAUUUUCCUAUGGCGCGAUCGCCCAAACUCAAUAUGGGGCACAGUAAAAAUCGGCAGCCUCUGGAAUGUCGUGCACCUGCCAAAAAAGUGACUGGUCGGCAAUUUGGCCGCCCCGCUGAUGCUGGUAAUGCAAGGCCGAGCAGGCAAUCCCCCAUUGUGAACCUAGACGAGAGCCGUAUCUCCCGCACUAUAGAUACGUCCUAG